AAGGCCUUCUUUCUCUUCCUUUAUCUAUCCACUGUCUAACUUUGAAAUCACAAAACAAAACUUCUACAGAGAGAAAGAGAAUACUUCCAAUGGCAACCAAAGUCUAUAUUGUUUACUACUCGAUGUACGGACAUGUUAAAAAACUAGCAGAAGAGAUAAAAAAAGGAGCUGCUUCUGUUGAAGGAGUGGAGGCUAAACUAUGGCAGGUCCCCGAAACACUGCCUGAUGAGGUUCUUGGAAAGAUGUAUGCACCACCGAAGGGUGAUGUGCCAGUCAUUACAGCCGAUGAGCUUGUUGAGGCAGACGGGUUCAUUUUUGGUUUCCCAACUAGAUUUGGAAUGAUGGCUGCUCAAUUCAAAGCAUUUUUGGAUUCAACCGGAGGUCUAUGGAAAACUCAACAGCUUGCUGGAAAGCCUGCAGGCAUAUUCUAUAGCACGGGGUCUCAAGGAGGUGGUCAAGAGACUACAGCAUUAACAGCAAUUACUCAGCUUGUUCACCAUGGAAUGAUCUUUGUGCCUAUUGGCUACACGUUUGGAGCCGGCAUGUUUGAGAUGGAGAAGGUGAAGGGUGGCAGCCCCUAUGGUGCAGGAACAUAUGCUGGGGAUGGCACGAGACAGCCUUCAGAGCUUGAACUAGAGCAAGCUUUCCACCAAGGGAAGUACAUUGCUGGAAUUGCUAAGAAACUCAAGGGAUCUGAUUGAUUUUUUGGUCGCCAUAAUCGCACUUCUAGGCAUUCCAUACUUGCAAUUUUUCUUUGAAAUUUCAUUUCAGUUCAGUCUCAAAUGUCAAAUUAUGCUUAUUAUAAUUAGUAUCUUAGUUUGUGUUGUACCUUGUUUCUUUAUGUAGUGGUUUGUACUAAUGACAAAGUAUGCUAACACUUUGUGUCUGUUAUUGUUGAUUUUGAAUUUCUCUUUGUAUCAGAGUGUUCAUUACACAACAGAAAUGUUCUUGUUGUCCAUUCAUUUC